AUGGCCUCUGCGCGACAUCAACAAUACUCCCUGCCGCCGUUGAGGUCGCUCAAUUUCCCCCGGUCGACUCACAGGGACGACCAAGGAAUAGACGGCGCAGUAUCGGCAGAACCACAAAGUGCGACACAACAACACGAACACGCCCGCCUUCGCCAUCAGCAGCCAUGGGCGCGUUCGGGCCAUGUUCAACAACCACAGGCAGCGCCAGUGCACCAAGGGCACCCUCAUCAACAGCAGACACCACCACUGUCCGCAGGCCACGAAGUCAACAACCGUGGUAUGGAAUAUACAUCGAGGCACGACGGAGCAGGCUAUGUGACACCAGGCAUGCCGCUGUCGGCCCAAUUAGCACCAUCAACGAAUUCUUUGACUAGUGUAAGCGCAGGUGCGCGUGGUGAGGAUGCGUCUCACCUGCAACCUCCGAAUUCGAGAAAAAGAGAAAGUGCCCAUCGUCCUGCGCGACAAACACACCCUUCUUACUCCCAUCCGCCGCCAUACCCUACCUAUGCAACCCAACAGGGGACCGCUCCGACGAGUCCAGUGUAUCAGACGCAGCCCUCGAUGCCUCCACCGCCACCUCAGCGAGGCCCUCCCGCCGGCAGUAUCCAUGCUGGGUCUCCCAUGCAGGACCAGAUACCACCACAACCUAGCCCAGUGACUCCAACGCACCCUGGUUACGGUGGAUAUUCGCAUCCGUACAUGCAUCAAGCCAGGCCGACCAGUGUGCACUCUCAACAUUCUCCUCCCCACCAACCUCCCGCAAACCCGUAUCCUUCUCCAGCUCCGCCUGCGUCUACCCUCCCGUCCCAAAAUUCUUGGGAACAUCAUCCGCGGGGGAACAGUAAUCAUCAUCAACCCCAGCAACAUCAACAGCACCCUCCUCAACAACCAUAUGCUCAUCAUCCACAGCCUGUCUCUCAACCACAGCCCUCUCAUCAUCAACAGCAGCGUCCUCCCCAGACGGUACAUCACGCCCACCAACAGCAGGGAGUUCACUCGCAGCCAAAUGGACAACACCAGCAUGCCUCUCAAAUGCAACAUUCUUCCCAUAAUCAACAUUACCCGCCUCCCGUGCAGUCACGGCAGCCUCCACAGCAGCCUCCAUUGCAUUCGGCCAUGCACCAUUUAGCAUCUUCCCAGAACCGCCCGCAUUCGCCCCAGACGCCCCAGUCUGCUCUGCCGACUUCCUCUCAGCAGCCUCAAGCUCCCUUGACUCCUCAGUCAGCGUAUCCUUCCCCGCAUGUCCAGUACCCCCCUCACCAGUCCCAGCACCAAUCUCAAACGGUUCCGUCGCAUCAUACCCAGGCGCCUCUUCCUCCCAACAAUCAGAAUCAAAGUAUACCUCCCGGACAACAUCUGCACCAACAUUCCAACUUUUCCCGAUCGCAACCCUCCCCUCGCCCUCCUCAACAAGUUCAUGCUCCUCCUCCUCCUCCUCAACACCACCCGCCUAUUCAGCAGCAACAGCAACAGCAACCGGCUCCUCAGACCCGGGUGUAUCCUGUUGAGGGUCAUAGCGAACAAACCUACCAACAGCAGCCUUACUCGCAAUUUCAAUCAACGUCUCAGCCACCCUCGCAGCAUGUACAGCAAAUGGCACCUCCACCCCCUCAGCGGCACCAGCCCGUAGUACAUCGUCAAGCGCCCCCUCCCAGCGCACCCCCCACUCACGCAUCUCACCCUGCCCACCCAUCCCAUGCACCGAAUCCUCCUCAUCCUCCACAACCAUCUACUAAUCCUGCACAUUCGUUUCACCCGUCACAGGCACCGCAUGCUUCCGGCAUCCACCAACCCUCUCAUCCUCCUCAAGCCCCACAUCUCCCGCAUCCCUCUCAAUCCUCACAUCCAUCUCAACCGUCUCAUUCAUCACAGCCAUCUCAACCGUCACAACCUUCUCAUGCCUCUCACCCUUCUCAUCCAUCUCAAAGCCCUCACCCAUCCCAACAUUUCCAGCAUCCGCCCCAGCAGCCUCCGCAACACCCACCUCAUCAACAGCAACCCGCCCAUCAACCACCCCCAACACACGUCCAGCAUCAUACCCCCGCUCCUCCACCUCAACAUCACCAACCCCUUCAAUACCAACAGCAUGCACCAAGCCAAGAACUUCAACCCAUGGUUUCUCUCCCACCACCGGCCGCAUCGCCCGAACCCGUAGCUCCCGCACAACCUCCUCCACAACCGGCCUCGUUCAGCCGUACUACGGCGCUUGUACCCACAAGUGUAGACCCUCGCGCCCCUCAGUUUACGUCCAGCGAUCCGGAGAAAUCAUCCGUACGAGACAGCACAAUGGCUGAGAUCCUCAAACACUGCCACAUUUUGUAUGAUUUUGCGGCACGUUAUGCUCAGCUCACUGCGAGUCUUCCACACUCUCAGCCGUCGCCAGAGGAAUGCAACGAUAUGACUCGGCGAGCGAAGGAAGUUGUACGCCUGUUGGAAGUUCUUCGGCGCAUGGGCAUGCCCGAGGCGGAUAGGAUCAAGAUGGACAGUGCUUCCGUGAAUUCUGCGGCAACAGAGGACCAUCGCCCUCCGAAGCGCCCUUGGGAAGACAUUCAAGGUGGCCCUGGAGAAUCCUCGUUCUCCGAAUUCCCAGCUGCGGGUGAUAAGGAACAAACAGCAGCAGAGAAGGAUAUGGAAAUCAUUCGCACGAAGCGCGCAACGAGUACGGCAGGGGGUAAUGCGACAGCAGGCCAGCCCAAGAGCAAAUAUCGGAAGAGAAGCCGUGCAACACCACCUGGCAAGUGUCAUUCUUGCAACAUCCGAGAAACCCCUGAAUGGCGGCGCGGACCUGAUGGUGCCAGGACACUGUGCAAUGCAUGUGGUCUACAUUAUGCCAAGCUCAUGCGGAAACGUGAGAAGCAGCAUGGUAACAAUCCUGAUGCGCCUCGCAUCGACAUGGAGACCUUGAGGGCGUCGGCUCGUGCGGCUGAUAUCGGCGGGGAGAAACAGUCCUCACGUCCCUCUAAGCAGCAUGGGAAUCAAUCGAAUGAAAACGAGUCCAGUGAAAGUAAACAUCAACCAGGAGGCGCUCAACCCCAUCAACAGCCCCAUCACCAAGGAUCGUUCCAAGUUAUGCAAGUAACGACGCCCACUGACAUGGCAGUUCGGAUGCAAACCGACCAUGUGGCGGCCCAACAAUCCCUGCCAACACCCGCAAGUGCAACCACCUUGCCCCCUCCUCCACCAUGGGCAACUGCUCCUUCUUCCAGCCGCGGAUAUCCUCUUCAAGACCAGAUGCAACACCAACAACACCAGUCUUUCUUGAGAACGUCUGACCAUGGAUCCUCGAACCAUACAUCCCCCCGCUAA